AUGAAGUUUGGACGAUACUUGAGGGAGCACGUCAUCGACGAGUGGCGUCGAGCAUACGUCAAUUGUACGUUCAGCGCCCUCCCCUUGCCUGCACGAAUGAACCGAGCGAACAGCUGUGGCUUCCUCACGUCCCCACGAGACAGCGCCUGACCCCACAGGUACCUUCCCCGAAAUCUUAGAUCGUCAGCUCAAAAAGCAGAUAGUCAAAGCUGGCGACGAGACGAAUGUCCUCGAUGAAGCUGCUGAAGCCGACGAGGUGAGCUCCCAGAUGGAUCUCGAGAGGGGAUCCACUCGGCCAGCUCGCGAGCAAGACCAGCAGCCCGCCAACGACGACGCCAACUCGUCCGUCGAUCCUCACAAUGCGACGAUAACGGACGCUCCCGGAACGGCAAGUCCGGUUGGGAGCGGCUUCGAAGCCUCGCCCAUCGCAGAACAGAGUACAAGCUCUCCAUCUGCCGAGAGAUCGAACCCGCCCACUGCAAGUGCUGCCUCGUCCCAGAACCGACCCGUUCGGUUGCCCAGCAUCGACUCGCGCGCUGAAAAGGGACCUAGCCCUGGACCUGCUCCUCGACGCUUACUCGACCGACUUCCGCGCCGAACGUCGUCAUUCAAGCUCACCAAGGCAGGCGACUUUAAUCCGAAAAACUUCCGCCCCGGGUUCUCCAAUUCGAUGUUGCUGCUGAGGCUGCUCGAGCUGGCGCCCCCGGUUUCGAGGCGGUUCUUUGGACUGAUGGACGACGAGUUGGAGCGCGUGUCUUCAUUUUAUGCGGAUCGGGAGGCCGAAGCGUUCGCUCGGUUCGAAGAGCUGAGCGGCCAGUGGAAGGAGCUGCAGAGCCAUAGAAAGGAGUACCAGGUCAGUCAGGAUUCCAUCCACUCGCUAUGCUCCAGUCGAUGGAGACUAAUCGCAGGCUCUGCGAUCUGACAGGAACUUCGUGCGCGAGAAGCACCCCUCUUCCCCAUCAUCAACCAUGUGCCCCCGAUGAUGCCUGGAUCGAAGUUGAUUCGCCGAGGAUUGGCCGUCGGUGGCGCACGCCACUCCUCGCACGCCCAAGACGGAACCGUUGACGGCGAAGCACCGGUCCCUGGAGGAAGCCCACGAACCCGCUUUGUUCACAACCGACCCGAACAAUACAGGGAUGCUCGAUCCAAACUCAAGCUUGCCAGUAGGUGACCCAAGCGACGGAGGCUGGCCCAGUGCACGUCUGAACUGACGAUUUGAGCUUCUACAGCUUUCGAAUACUAUAGAUCGCUGGGUAUGCUCAAGUCUUAUCGAGUACUGAACCGAACCGGUGAGUUCCCAUUGUUUCGACGAGUGUGUCAUGCCAUGGGGCUGAUCGACCCAAAUUAUCCGGUGCCCAUUGCGCAGGCUUCGCCAAAGCCCAGAAGAAAUUUGAGAAAGCGACCCGGAUCCCUUGCAAGCCGUGGAGCUACAAACUCGAGCAAGCCAACUUUGUCGCCUCAACCAAACUCGAUGAUUUAAUCCGGGAAACGGAGGACGCCUUUGCGUCCAUUUUUGAACGAGGCGACCGCAAGAAGGCGCUCGAGCGGUUGAGAAACACUGGCCAGAGUGAACGGCACCACUUCACUGCUUGGCGAGCGGGGGUGUACAUUGGUAUCGCGAUACCUCUGUUGAUUGAGGGUAUUAUAAAGAGCAGGUCCUGGUAGAUGUGAUUGCUCUGGCCAUUACCUGCUAAUCCGCCAGUCCCCCGUUUUACCGACAGGUUGCAGCGCGUCGACGCGAGUUCAAAUUCCGUACUGGGAGGCGCUCAUGCAACUGUUUGGCGCGAUGUUCCUCCCGAUAUUUUUCUCCGUUCUGUUCUUCCUCAACCUCUCCGUUUGGGCAAAGACCCGUAUCAAUUACAUUCUGAUCUUCGAACUAGAUGUGAGCCUUUUAGAUGGUCUGCAUCGCGCUGCUUCACCGUGCUAACGCCUAAUCCGAAUCGCAUCUUAGAUUCGGACGCGCCUCGAUGUUCACCAGUUCAUCGAAGUAGGCCAUUCCGCGGAAGUCUUUAUUCAUCGCUCGAUGCCAAUACUGAGCCCAAUACCGAGCCAACUCUCUUGCUCCCAGAUUCCGGCCUUGCUCCUUGGGCUGUUGUGUCUCUUCUUCUGGGCCGCUUUCACCAACUUUGCACCCGACCGCCUUCCGCCAUCCGCCUAUCCGCUGGCCUUCUUCAUUCUCGUCCUGGUCCUCUUACUCAUUCCCUUACCUAUACUCUAUCCGUCCGCCCGGUGGUGGAUGAUUCGCACGUUCUGCCGCGUGCUCACCGCAGGGUUGAUUGCUGUGCAAUUCUCUGAUUUCUUCCUCGGUGAUGAACUCAACUCUCUGUAUUAUUCGGUGAGCUCACGCAGCGGCGGGCUACAGAUGUGCUAUUGGACUUUAGCUCAAAUACUUUACCUGCACAGAUCACCAAUUUGUACGCACUCGUUCCUUGAUAGUGCAGUAGAAACACGAUCUGACUCCUCGGCGUUUGAUCAGGGGCUUUCUGUACUGCGCAUACAGUCAUUCGUGGCCGUCAAAUACCUACGCGGUAUGCUCGCUUAACAAGACAUGGGCAAGGACAUUUCAUUCCGAGCGAUUUUUUGUAUCUCGUCACUGAUCAAUCGCGUUCGCUCGCAGGCGACCCCUGUCCUCGCCUCCCUUCCGGCCAUCUGGCGUCUGGGACAAAGUUUGCGGCGUUACAUUGACUCGGAUGGACUGGUGUAAGCGAAACGAUGCAUAGCAUGCUUUCCAAGUCUGCAGCUAAUGAGUAUGUUUUCAGUAUUCAUAUGCUCAACGGUGGCAAGUACACCGCCUCAAUUCUUCAGUUCUGUUUUUACUACAGCUGGUGAGUGCACUUUGAAACAACUUUACCGCGUAUAGAGGCUAAGCUGACAACGGUGACGGUGCAGGAGGAUCGAUGGCUCCACCUCCAUCGCCCGAAAAGCGAUCUGGAUAAUGUUUGCUGUGACCAACUCGUGCUACACGGCGACCUGGGGUACGCCGCAAUUUCUUGCGGCUCUGCGCCAACAGCACUGACGUAUUUGUCCCUCACUUCCACUGCAGACAUCGUCAUGGACUGGUCUUUGCUGCAAAAGAACUCGAAGAACUUCUUGUUGCGCAAUGAGCUCGGUUUCAGGGAUCAAAAAUGGGCAUAUUACGUCGCGACUGUUGUCAACAUCAUACUACGCUUCUCUUGGGUGAUCUACAUCACCGACAGCGGGCCCUCUCUCGCAUUGAAAGGCUUCAUCGUUGCUCUUCUCGAAGCAUGUCGUCGAAUCGUGAGUUUUCCCCCGCACUCCUGGCACUCCCAGCACUUACGUUUUCAGGUCUGGAAGAUGCUGAUCACAUCGAGAACCCUACAUCACAUCGAGCCAGGUUUGGAACACCUUCCGUGUCGAGUCCGAACACUGCGGAAACGUUGAUGGCUACCGUGUUACACGCAACGUGCCCCUCCCCUACACGCCCGCAAUCAGUGCGUCCUUCCCAUGCGCACACCCCUGUCGAACUGGUUCAGCGCUCCUGACAUUUGCACUGCCUUGCGUUCCCCAGUGCGUCCCCGGGACGAUCAAGACGACCACGACGAUCUCGCUUCGCCUCGCACCCGCAAACAAGUCGUCUUCGAUUUCCUCCACAGUUUGCACCGAUCCAUCGUCGACGACUUUUCCCCGCUGGCCAAUAUCUCGCUCUUGCGCAUGUCGGCACGCUCCAAGUCGGGCAGUAACAACAACGGCAAGACCGCUUCGAGAUCGCGCAAAGCCAAAGGGAGUGCCGGUACCACUGCCGAAAGCUCGUCCGAAGAUGGUGGUGGCGCUCAUUCGAACGACGAGGACGAGGAUGACGAUGAAGACGGUCGUGGCGGGUACAGCGGGAGUGAAGAUGGUGCCGAUGGCUACGAUCUUGGAACGGACAGAAUGGUGGAGCAGGAAAUUCAACAGGCGGAUCUUAUGAUGGACCUGCCGCAGGGCGAAAGACGUCUAUGA